UGGUUGUUUAAAAAAAUCAUAAGAAACCCAAAGCAUAACAAUGAGCAUGUGCUGGUUCAUAACAACUUUAGCCAUUACUGCUUUCUUUUCUUCCCUUGCGUAUGCUUAUGAUAACAACCCUCUACAGGAUAUAUGUGUUGCAGUUAACGACUCUAAGGCUUCAGUUUUCGUGAAUGGAAAGAUUUGCAAAGACCCAAAGCUUGCAAAAGCAGAUGAUUUCUUUGCUUCAGGUCUUAAUGUUAGUGGAAAUGUAGUGCCCGGGUUAGGUUUUGCUACAAAGACUGUGGAUGUUAAGAACAUGCCUGGACUUAACACUCUUGGUAUUUCUGUUGGUCGUCUUGACUUGGAACCACAAUGUCUUCUCCCACUUCACACGCACCCUCGAGCUGCUGAGCUGAUAACUCUCCUGGAGGGUAAUGUCUAUGUAGGAUUUUUUGUCCCUGAUGUUGCAAACUUCUUUAAGAGUCGUCUAUUUUCCAAAAUCUUGAAUCCUGGAGAUGUGUUUGCCUUCCCAAAAGGUCUUAUUCACUUCCUGUAUAAUGUGGGACAUAAAAAAGCUACAGUUCUCGCCGUUUUCAAUAGUCAAAAUCCUGGAUUUGUCAUGAUUCCUAAUUCAAUCUUUGCUUCAAAUCCACCUGUUCUAGACGACGUUCUUGCUGAAGGCUUCCAUCUUAGUAAGACACAGAUUGCAGAACUUCGAAAGAAAUUCUCUUAGGCUAUAUAUGUCAUUAAAAAUGUGAUUCUGUGUAGUGUACUUUUGUCUAAUAACCACCGUCUUAUGAAAGCGUUGGAAUAAUACUUUUCUCUAAUAAUUACUGUUUGUUGUAUUUUUCCUGUAUUUGGAGUGAACUUAUUCAUUCAUGGAAGCUGGAAUUUUCCCUAA